UGCGAUGCUGACCUUGUUCUGGUCAUUUUGGAUGGGAAAGUAGCAGCUGAACAGCCUGGCCACUUAACUAUGUCCAUGGUAGAUGUCCUGUCUGCCAGUGAAUCAAAUGAGACACAGCCUUACCUUCUGGUUCUGAACAAAAUGGACCUACUCGGAGAAGAAGACCAAGCAGAUCUCCUGAAGACCUGCAACAGUCUUGGUCUAGGCCCUGCCUGCUUGUUGUCCUGCAGAACUGGAGAUGGGAUUGUGGCCUUCCUGAAUGCAUUGCAAGAACAGCUGGCACGCAUGUGCGGAGAUCCCCGAACUGGUUCCCCCAGUCCAACGCAGGCACGUCACCAGCUCAGCUUGCAGAAGUGCUUGGAGGCCCUUGGAUGCUUUGCUGAGUACCAGCUUAUGGAUCUGGUGUUGGCUGCGGAGCAGCUGCGACUGGCACGGCGACAACUAGGGCGGCUGACAGGCCAAGUGGGCACCGAAGAGCUCUUGGCAAUCAUCUUCAAGGACUUUUGUAUUGGCAAGUGAAGGAGACCCACCAGCUACGAACUCGUCAGCACAUGGCGCCAUCCAGAGGCUGCAGGUGGUUCUGCACUCAUAACACUUGUGGAAGAUGGAAACUUUAUUUAAGGCAGUAUUUUUCGAAAUUGGCAAAUUUAAGAUGUGGGGACCAACUCCCAGAAUUCCAAAGCCAAGUUUGAAAAAAACACUGAUUUAGGUUUAGAAGCUGCACUGGUGGUGAUAAAGAGAGGAUUUUGGCAGAAGGAUAGAAGACAUGUUGAAGUGGUCCCUCCGAAUGUAAUAAUCAGCCUCUCCCACUAAACUUAAGUGGCUCCUGCCAACUUUACAGUCUAAUAUCUUCUGGGUUAAAGUUCGCAGCAAUUAUCUGAAGCCGAAGGAAGAACUGAAUUGUAUUCAGGAAAAAUAGUCACAAAAGGAGAUCAGGCAAAUUCAUGGAAAAAGUUGAGUUUAUUAGUAGGUUUUCUUUCAGUAGCAAAAAAAAAACAACCUCGCUCGGCAGCAUUGUAUUGAUGAAUAUUAAAUGCUGGGGAUG